AUGGCUUCGGGAGGGGAAACUAAAAGUGACGAUUUAGCAACUGCUAUUCUCAAACAAAAGAACAGACCCAACAGACUUAUUGUUGAUGAAUCCAUCAAUGAAGACAAUAGUGUGGUCUCACUUUCUCAGACAAAGAUGGAUGAGCUUCAGCUUUUUCGUGGUGACACAGUGCUGAUGAAGGGAAAGAAGAGGCGGGAGACUGUGUGCAUCGUCCUUUCUGAUGACACCUGCUCUGAUGAGAAAGUCCGAAUGAACAGAGUGGUCCGUAAUAACCUGAGGGUACGCUUAGGCGACGUCAUCAGCAUUCAGCCCUGUCCUGAUGUGAAAUAUGGAAAGCGGAUCCAUGUUUUACCCAUUGAUGACACUGUUGAAGGAAUUACUGGAAACCUUUUUGAGGUUUACCUCAAGCCAUACUUCCUUGAGGCUUACAGACCAAUUCGCAAAGGUGACAUCUUCUUGGUCAGAGGAGGCAUGCGAGCUGUGGAGUUCAAAGUUGUGGAAACUGACCCUUCCCCAUAUUGCAUUGUGGCCCCUGAUACUGUAAUUCAUUGUGAGGGAGAACCAAUCAGAAGAGAGGAUGAAGAGGAAAAUCUGAAUGAGGUUGGUUAUGAUGACAUCGGAGGUGUGAGGAAGCAGUUGGCUCAAAUUAAAGAGAUGGUGGAGCUGCCUCUUAGGCACCCAGCAUUAUUCAAGGCCAUUGGUGUCAAGCCACCACGUGGAAUCUUGCUUUAUGGACCCCCUGGAACCGGUAAAACAUUGAUUGCCCGAGCUGUGGCCAAUGAGACUGGAGCCUUCUUUUUCCUUAUCAACGGUCCUGAGAUCAUGAGCAAACUUGCUGGUGAAAGUGAAAGUAACUUGAGAAAGGCUUUUGAGGAAGCAGAGAAAAAUGCACCUGCAAUUAUCUUCAUUGACGAACUGGAUGCCAUUGCACCAAAAAGAGAGAAGACUCAUGGGGAAGUGGAGAGACGGAUUGUUUCUCAGUUGCUGACUUUAAUGGAUGGGCUGAAGCAGAGGGCUCAUGUCAUUGUAAUGGCUGCCACAAACAGACCUAACAGCAUUGACCCAGCCCUGAGGAGAUUUGGUCGUUUUGACAGAGAAGUUGAUAUUGGCAUCCCUGAUGCUACUGGCAGAUUGGAAAUCUUGCAGAUUCACACAAAGAACAUGAAGCUGGCAGAUGAUGUGGACUUGGAGCAGGUUGCCAAUGAAACCCAUGGACAUGUUGGUGCCGAUCUGGCUGCUCUUUGCUCUGAGGCUGCACUGCAGGCCAUUCGGAAGAAAAUGGAUCUUAUUGACCUUGAAGAUGAGACUAUUGAUGCGGAAGUCAUGAAUUCUCUUGCAGUGACCAUGGAUGACUUCAAGUGGGCUCUGAGCCAGAGCAAUCCAUCUGCUCUGAGAGAGACUGUUGUGGAGGUGCCGAACGUCACAUGGGACGAUAUCGGUGGUCUGGAGGAUGUCAAGAGAGAGUUGCAAGAGCUGGUGCAAUAUCCGGUGGAACACCCAGACAAAUUCCUCAAGUUUGGCAUGACUCCGUCCAAGGGUGUGCUUUUCUAUGGGCCUCCUGGCUGUGGUAAAACACUUUUGGCCAAGGCCAUUGCAAAUGAGUGCCAGGCCAACUUCAUCUCCAUCAAAGGACCAGAGCUGCUCACAAUGUGGUUUGGAGAAUCUGAGGCCAACGUCAGAGAGAUCUUUGACAAGGCUCGUCAGGCAGCACCGUGUGUGCUUUUCUUUGAUGAGCUGGACUCUAUAGCCAAAGCUCGUGGCGGCAAUGUGGGAGAUGGUGGUGGAGCAGCUGACCGGGUAAUCAACCAGAUUCUCACAGAGAUGGAUGGAAUGUCCAGCAAGAAGAAUGUCUUCAUCAUUGGAGCCACAAACAGACCAGACAUCAUUGACCCUGCCAUCCUGAGACCUGGGCGUCUGGAUCAACUUAUCUACAUCCCACUGCCUGAUGAGAAGAGUAGAAUGAGCAUCCUCAAAGCCAACCUCCGCAAGAGUCCCAUCAGCAAGGAUGUGGACCUGGACUUCUUGGCAAAGAUGACAAAUGGAUUUUCUGGAGCUGAUCUUACAGAAAUCUGCCAGCGAGCCUGCAAGUUGGCGAUCAGAGAAUGUAUUGAGAAUGAGAUCCGCAGGGAAAGGGAAAGGCAGACCAAUCCUUCAGCCAUGGAAGUGGAAGAGGAUGAUCCUGUGCCAGAAAUCAGGAAGGACCACUUUGAAGAGGCAAUGCGGUUUGCUAGGCGCUCAGUCAGUGACAAUGACAUUCGCAAAUACGAAAUGUUUGCUCAGACCCUACAGCAAAGCAGAGGCUUUGGUAGCUUCAGGUUCCCAUCCAGUACUGCAGGUGGUAGUGGUCCGACUCAUGGCUCAGGAGGGGGUGGCAGUGGCCCUGUGUACAAUGAAGAUAACGAUGAUGACCUUUACGGAUAA